UCUCUUGCUCGUUCUCGACACUGCUGAUCGAUCAGAUCACGAGAGGUCCCCAGGUGCAUUUGCGUGUCCAUUCGAGUUAUGGAACUAUUCUUACUGGGAACGAUUGUUGCAUGUGUGGGCUUGUUGUACAAACUCGUGCAGCUAUGGCUUCAUGCACGUUGCGAUCCUCUAUCGCUUGUACCGGGUCCGUGGUAUACCAGAUACACGUCCUUGGGCCUGAUUAUCAAUGCAUUGAUUCCUCGGGUGCAUGUAUGGGUCGAUGAUCUGCACCGCAUAUAUGGGCCAGUCGUGCGAAUCACGCCCACGAUGGUAGCAGUCGCAGAUCCGGAUGGCGUCGCCGACAUAUUUCGCUCCAGUCGCGGCUAUCUCAAGGGACCCAUAUACGAUGGUCUGUUGCGAAGCUUCUUCGCUGCCAGAGAUCCUGUGGCUCAUGGUCAGCGACGUCGAUUGUUCGCUCGGCCUCUGGCAAACUCUUCGAUUCAGUCCUUGUGGGCUGAUGAGGUCCGCCAACGAGCCAGACGUACUGUUCAGAGGAUCAAGGACGACGCAGAGACCAACGGCGAAGGCGACGCGUACAAAUGGUGGAAUAUCAUGGCGAAUUCUGUCAUUACGACGCUGUCUUUUGGAGAAGACCUUAACCUCCUUGAGAGUGACGAACACUUGGGUUACAUCGAAGCAGUUAAGAAGACACUACGAUGCUCAUCGUUGAACAGGAACUUUCCUACGCUCAUGCCACUGCUCAAGUAUCUGCCCAUCCCUCGCUUACAGGAGAUUCUCAACGCCAGACCAAAGGUGGAGAAGUACACAGCAAAAGCAGUGCAGAACUUCCGUAAUCGUGGCGUACAGAAAGCGGAAGUUAGUCGAAAUAUCUUCACGCAGAUCGUGGCCCAAGCCGACGAGUCCGACGACGACGCUGUACGAGCCAUUACGGACGAGGACGUGCAUGAUGAAGCUCUUACAUUGAUGCUUGGUGGCACCGACAGUACAUCAUCCACCUUGACCUAUGCCACUUGGGCUGUGCUCAACCAUCCUGAGGUUCAAAAGCAGCUGGAGCAAGAAGUUGCAGCGUUGUCAAGUGAAUUGCUGCCGAAGGAGCUUGAGAGUGCUCGACUCCUGAAUGCAGUGAUCCACGAGACGUUACGUCUGCAUGGUCCCGUUUCGAUCGGUUUACAACGAGUCGUGCCUCCAGGGGGAGCUCGAAUUGCUGGUUUCGACCUUGCACCGGGAACGUUGGUCUGGCCACAGAUGUAUACCACGCGCUACGAUCCUGCCAUCUGGCCCAACCCAAAGAAGUUUGACCCGACUCGCUUCUUGGACGUCAAGCUCCCUUCUAUGGCGGAGGGUCAUUUGACGCCUAAUCAGAAGAAAGUCUAUGUGCCAUUCGGAGGUGGCACUCGUAUGUGUCUCGGCAUCAACCUCGCCUACCUAGAACUCCGACUGGGGUUGGCUUUGUUCUUCAGGGAGUGCAGAGGGGCAAGCCUUGCAAAAAGCAUGUCGCUGGAUGAUAUGGCCCCUGAUCACUUCUUUGUGAGUUCUCCCAGGGGAAGAAAAUGUCUCAUAACGCUUGGCAACAAGCACGAUUAG